CCGGGGUGCCUUGCGGCCGCCGUAGUCAAGUGGCCGGUGGAAUUGGCCCAGGAUGACAGCUGGAGAAUGGAGUCAGUUUUAUCCAAGUAUGAAAACCAGAUUACUAUUUUCGCUGACUACCUAGAAGAAUUUCCAGAUACAGAUGAGCUGGUAUGGAUCUUGGGGAAACAGCAUCUUCUUAAAACCGAAAAAUCUAAGCUGUUGUCUGAUAUAAGUGCUCGUCUAUGGUUUACAUACAGAAGGAAAUUUUCACCAAUUGGGGGAACGGGCCCUUCGUCAGACGCCGGCUGGGGAUGUAUGCUACGCUGUGGACAGAUGAUGCUGGCUCAAGCCCUUAUUUGCAGACACUUGGGCAGGGACUGGAACUGGGCGAAACAGAAAGAACAACCCAAAGAAUACCAACGAAUCCUACAGUGCUUCCUAGAUAGAAAAGACUGUUGCUACUCUAUCCAUCAAAUGGCACAGAUGGGUGUAGGAGAAGGGAAAUCAAUUGGCGAAUGGUUUGGACCAAAUACAGUUGCACAGGUGUUAAAAAAACUUGCUUUAUUUGAUGAAUGGAAUUCCUUGGCUGUUUAUGUUUCAAUGGAUAACACCGUGGUUAUUGAAGAUAUCAAAAAAAUGUGCCACACCCUCCCCUUGAGUGCCGAAACAGCUGCUGAGAGCCCCCCUGAGUCUCUGAAUGAUUCGACCCAGAGCGAUGAGCUCAUUUUCCUGGACCCCCACACAACCCAGACCUUUGUUGACACUGAGAACGGAACGGUUGACGACCAGACUUUCCAUUGUCUGCAACCUCCGCAGCGAAUGAACAUCCUGAACUUGGAUCCUUCCGUAGCAUUGGGAUUUUUCUGCAAAGAAGAAAAAGACUUUGAUAGCUGGUGUAGCCUUGUUCAGAAGGAAAUUCUAAAGGAAAAUUUAAGGAUGUUUGAAUUAGUUCAGAAACAUCCAUCACACUGGCCUCCCUUUGUUCCUCCAGCCAAGCCAGAAGUGACAACCACUGGGGCAGAAUUCAUCGACUCUACUGAACAACUAGAGGAGUUUGACCUGGAGGAAGAUUUUGAGAUUCUGAGCAUAUAGAAUAGUGGGAACUCACCUUGGAGAUCUGUCUUCCAUCUGGCACCAGAAGAACAUGAACUCAUCACACAAAACUUUUCUAGUCAGCAAGUGCCUGAUAUGCCAACAGCAUACAAACUUGAUAGCAAUCAUGACUGAGCCAAUCACCUUUUCUCAGAAAAAAACAAGUGAACAAUAUACCCCUUCCCCAGAAAGAACUAAAACAAUCAUGGAAUCUAGGAGCAGAAAGAUUAGGAGUCGUCUCUUGAACUUCCCAGCUUCUUACGUGGCCACAGCGAAUCUUCAGCUACUGAAAUGAAGAGGUGGAUGUCUGGAAGAUAGACAGCAACUCCCACCUUGCUUCCAGCACCAGCAGAUGAGAGGUGGUUACCCUGUGCUUCUUCACCCUUUCAGGUUUGACCUCUCUGGGCUAAAUACUAAGAAGCAAUCUGUUCUCUUGCUCUAAUAAUAAAGUGAUAAUCAGUGUAUCAGG